CACCCUACAGUGCUGGCUAGCGAGUUAGCUGUCAACAUAGUUCCAGCUGAGAGAGAGCAACGGGAGGGAGGCUGGGCAGAUGAGGCUUAAAAUUAAUUUCAAAAUGUGCUGGAGCCGGUUUUUCGUCGCCGGCUGGGCUCUCCUGCUGCUGGGUCAGCUGCAGGACUCAGAGGCUGUUCCUAUAGGUAUCGACAAAACAAAAGUCAAAGAGCCAGAGAAACAAACUGAAGAGGUACCACCAGCUAAUGUGGACACUGGACUCCACUAUGACCGCUACCUCAGAGAGGUCAUCGAUUUCCUUGAGAAGGAUCAGCAUUUCAGAGAAAAGCUCCACAACACAGACAUGGAAGACAUUAAGCAAGGUAAACUGGCUAAAGAGCUGGACUUCGUUAGCCAUCACAUCAGAACAAAACUUGAUGAGCUAAAAAGGCAGGAGGUCAAUCGACUGCGGACCCUGAUUAAGGCUAAGCAAGACCUAGAAGGAGGCAACGACAUAGCAGUGGAUCACCAGGCUCUCCUGAAGCAGUUUGAGCACCUGGACCACAUGAACCCACAUACAUUUGAAGUGAACGACCUGGAUCGACUCAUUAAAUCGGCCACACAUGACCUGGAGAACUAUGACAAAGAAAGACAUGAAGACUUCAAGAAGUAUGAGAUGAUGAAGGAGCAUGACAGAAGGGAGCACCUGAAAACCCUGGAUGAGGAGGAGAGAAAGAAGGAGGAGGAGCACUAUGAGGAGAUGAAGAAGAAACAUGCCGACCAUCCUAAAGUCAAUCACCCAGGCAGCCAAAAUCAGCUAAAAGAAGUGUGGGAGGGAGCUGACGGCUUGGACCCCGAAGAUUUUGAUCCAAAGACCUUUUUCAACCUUCACGAUACUAAUGGGGAUGGCUUUUUCGAUGAGCAGGAGCUUGAGGCAUUGUUCACCAAAGAGCUGGAAAAAAUUUAUGACCCCACCAAUGAAGAGGACGAUAUGGUGGAGAUGGAGGAAGAGAGGCUACGCAUGAGGGAGCAUGUUAUGAAUGAGGUGGAUUCUAACAAAGACAGGUUGGUGUCUUUAGAGGAGUUCCUGGUCGCUACAAAGAAAAAAGAAUUUCUGGAGCCGGAUAGCUGGGAGACCCUGGAGCAGAACCAGGCUUACACAGACGAGGAGAUGAGGGAGUUUGAGGAGCAUCUUGCUCAACAAGAGCAGGACCUCAAUCAAAGAGCUGUUGACCUGCAAAAACAAAGAGACGAGCUGGAGAGGCAGCAGGAGCAGCUCAACGCACAGAAAAUAGAACUCCAGCAGGCCGUGGAGCAUAUGGAACGACUUAAGUCAACGAAUAUGGACCCCUCUCUAGAUGUUCAUGUUGAAGGAAAUGCGUUACAUGCAGUUGACAACCAGCAGCAUGCUGACCCAGGAGCUUAUCCACCAGGACAUCAAGACGGACAGCUGCAGGAUCAUCAUGGACAGCAGCAGGAUCAUCAUGGACAGCAGCAGGAMCAUCAUGGACWGCAGCAGGAMCAUCAUGGACWGCAGCAGGAGCAUCAUGGACUGCAGCAGGAGCAUCAUGGACUGCAGCAGGAGCAUCACGAGCAGCAGCAAGAGCAUCACGGACAACAGAAUCAGGACACACUUCAGCAAGAUCUCCCCCCACAUCAGGAGACACACCCAGACCCUCAAGAAGUUGCACAUGGCCAGCAUAACCUGCCAUAAAAUUGCUGUCAAGAACCACUAGACUUCUACUGCACUUCAAGUCCUCCGUGCAGAAGAGAUGUCCUGCCUGAUCAUAAGACCACUGCAACCAGUUUUCAGGUUUUUAAAUACAGGUUACAUGGAAAGAAAACAGUGGCACYUGAAAUCCAAGUUUUUCAUAUCAAUAAACAAAGGGAACUAGAAUUUUAAAAUGACCCACUGUAGACCGGUUCCCCAAAAUGCGCAUCAAAGAAAUGCAAAGAAAUAUGUAGAAUAUGAUCGUUUUGUUUGCAGUUGAACCUUCAGAGAGGUCCCCUACUUUUUUACGCAACCUGAUGGAUUUUAUUUUCGAGGUGGUUGGAUUUGUGCAUGUUUGUUUGAGGGUGUUGAGGUGUAAAAAGUCAUUUCUAAUUUUAGCCUUAUAAUUUGGCAUGACCUUUUCAGUUGCACUCAAAGAUUUCUCUAAAAAGAAGUUACAUACAUAAAUAAUUGUGGAAUGUUUUUUUUUUUUUCGUUGGUGGCAUCAGUGUUUUGGAAAUUAAACCCAAGAGGCAUUUAUAAGUUUUUCUUUACUUUGAAGAAGAAUAAGAGCAAAGGAUGCACUAAAGGAAUAUUAAAUAGUGUGAAGUAUUUUCAUGUUUUACCAUAAAAUUUAAUGUAAAAGUAAUGUUUCGCUACGAUUUGGUAUAGUAUCUCCAAGGUUGGGACAGGUUUUUCAAGCAAAUCAUACUUCCAAGAAGGGGUGGGUGGUAAUGAAGCUAAAACUAGGUGCACUGCCUAAAGUACAUGCUACACUCUUGUGAUUUUAGUGCAACUCUGCUUUAAAAAAGGUGCUAGAAACAAAGACAUAAGUAAAAGCCUCCAAAUUUUUUUUCAAUUUUUAAGUCUUAAAUAAAAUUGUAUAGAAAAUUUAGAAAUUUAAGGUUAGCUAUGGUAUAUAUCCUAAGAGAUAAAACACACUAUGUAACUGAUGGAUCUCAUCUUUAUUACACAGCUCAAGUAGUCUUAUGCAAAUGUGUACAAACAAGUGAUACCUUUACAGCAAUUUCAAUUAAGGGUUGUCCAUCWCAAUUAUGUUGAUAAAACAACCAGGUUUACCUACUUUGCUGUUUUGUAAGUUCACUUUACUCCAGUUAGGGAUUAGGUCAUAAUUUUCUUCUAUAUUGCUGGUUUACUUGAUGUGCUGUCCAGUUUUUUUAAAUAAUUCAGCUUUGUUUUUUAUCUGGCUACAGUAAGCAGAUGUUUGACAGUUGCUACUUUCUACUAAAUGAACAAGACAUCACUUAUGGUAGUGAAGGAGGCAAAGGAAAAACAUCUACAAAGCAUUCUCUUUCAUUUUCUGUGUGCCAUGUGUUUUUAAAACCAAAUCUUCUGGAUUUGACAAUAUUUAGGUGGGAUUGCUGCUGAAUAAGAAUUAAAUACCAUACACUUGGAUAAUAAAAAAAGUUUACCUUUUAUACUGUC